AUGAAACCAGCUAUGGUGGUUCCAGUGAACACACGUCGUCGUUUUGUUCUUCUUCUGCUUGCAUUGACUUGCUUCUCUCAGAGUCUCUGUUUCGGCGAAGACAGAAUCACGUUCUCGACUCCGAUCAAUGAUUCAGAGACCCUUCUCUGCAAAAGUGGUGUUUUCAGGUUCGGUUUCUUCACUCCUGUAAAUUCCACUACUCGGUUACGUUAUGCUGGGAUUUGGUACGACAAGAUACCGAUUCAAACCGUGGUUUGGGUUGCUAACAAAGACACCCCGAUCAACGACACUUCCGGUGUUAUCUCGAUCUCUGACGACGGAAAUCUCGUGGUCACCGACGGUGGAAACCGCCUUGUAUGGUCGACGAACGUCACAGUACCAGUGGCUCCAAAUGCUACUUGGGUUCAGCUAAUGGAUACUGGGAAUCUUAGGUUACAAGAUAACAGAAACAACGGUGAGAUUCUCUGGAAGAGUUUCAAGCAUCCUUACAACUCUUUCUUGCCAAGAAUGAAUCUUGGGAUCAACCCUGGAACCGGAGAGAAUCUAAAGCUUACUUCUUGGAGAAGCGACGUAGAUCCUUCAACAGGAAACUACACAGCUGGUCUUGCUCCUUUCACGUUCCCUGAACUUCUAAUCUGGAAGAACAGUGUCCCAAUCUGGCGUAGCGGUCCUUGGAACGGUCAGGUUUUCGUCGGUUUACCGGAUGUGGAGUCUCUUCUGUUUCUUGAUGGGUUUAAUUUCAACAAUGAUAACGAAGGAGUAUCUUCAUUGUCUUAUGCUAAUGAUUCUUUCAUGUAUCACUUUAACUUGGAUCCUGAUGGAGCUAUCUAUCAGAGAGAUUGGAAUACUUCUACAAAAAGUUGGAGGAUUGGUGCAAUUAUUCCAUCGACCACUUGUGAUGUAUACGGUAGAUGUGGUCCAUUCGCGAGCUGCAAUCCUCGGGAAGUUCCGCCUUGUAAAUGCGUUCAAGGGUUUGUGCCGAAGAAUAACACAAAUUGGAAUGGAGGGAGUUGGAGUAAUGAAUGUGUGAGAAGAACUCCAUUGCGGUGCGAGAGGCAGAGCAAUGUAAGUAGUAUUGGUGGUGGUGGAGGAGGGAAAGGAGAUGGGUUUUUGAAACUCGAGAAAAUGAAAGUGCCAGUAUCUGCGGAAUCGUCUCUAGCUAAUGAGAAAGCUUGUCCUAAACAGUGUUUAGAAAACUGUUCUUGCACGGCUUAUGCUUAUGAUCGAGGACUCGGAUGCAUGCUUUGGAGUGGUAGCUUACUUGAUAUGCAAUCAUUCUUGGGAAGUGGCAUGGAUCUUUAUAUUCGACUUGCGGAUUCUGAACUCAAGACUUCAUACGAAACAAAAAAAAAACUUGUAGAAACACAUAGCAAGCGAGCAAUUAUGAUCACAGCACCUGUGCUAGGUGUUGCGUUUGUUGCUGCGGUCUGCGUUCGUUUAGCAUGCAUGAAGUUCAAGAAGCGUCCAGAAGCACCACCGAAAGAUCAAAGCGCAGAGAUAUUGUUUAAGAGAAUGGAAGCACUUACAAGUGGUAAUGAGUCUGCUUCUAACCAAGUCAAGCUCAAGGAGCUUCCUCUCUUUGAGUUUCAAGUGUUGGCUACAUCAACCGAUAACUUCUGUCUCAGAAACAAGCUUGGACAAGGAGGGUUUGGUCCUGUUUACAAGGGGAAGUUACCAGAAGGGCAAGAAAUUGCAGUCAAGAGGCUCUCACGUGCAUCAGGACAAGGGCUAGAGGAGCUUAUGAACGAGGUGGUUGUGAUUUCGAAGUUGCAACAUCGGAAUCUGGUGAAGUUACUUGGAUGUUGCAUUGAAGGUGAAGAAAGAUUGUUAGUCUAUGAAUACAUGCCAAAGAAAAGCUUGGAUGCGUAUCUCUUUGACCCAUCUAAGCAAAAGAUUCUUGAUUGGAAGACUCGGUUCAACAUAAUGGAAGGAAUCUGCAGAGGACUCUUGUACCUUCACAGAGAUUCAAGACUAAAGAUCAUACACAGAGAUCUCAAAGCUAGCAACAUUUUGUUAGAUGAGAAUCUGAAUCCGAAGAUAUCUGAUUUCGGACUUGCAAGAGUUUUCCUAGCGAAUGAAGAUGAAGCUAACACUAGAAGGGUCGUUGGAACAUACGGCUAUAUGUCACCGGAAUAUGCAAUGGAAGGUUUCUUUUCAGAGAAGUCAGACGUUUUCAGCUUAGGGGUGAUAUUUCUAGAGAUCAUAAGUGGGAGAAGAAACUCUCACAAGGAAGAGAACAAUCUAAACCUUUUAGCUUAUGCGUGGAAGCUGUGGAAUGAAGGUGAGGCUGCUUCUCUAGCAGAUCCUAACGUCUUUGAUGAGUCUUUUGAGAAAGAGAUACAGAAGUGUGUUCAGAUUGGUUUGUUGUGUGUGCAAGAAGUUGCAAACGAUAGACCAAAUGUUUCAAACGUGAUUUGGAUGCUAACCACCGAGAACACGAACCUCUCUGAGCCGAAGCAGCCUGCGUUUAUAGCAAGAAGAGGAGCUUCUGAGGCUGAAUCUUCUGACCAGAGCAGUCAAAAGGUCUCUAUCAACGAUGUGAGCCUCACAGCUGUAACUGGACGUUAA